CCCACAUUUUCCACUUUGGCUUCUAUUUCGAAUAUGCCCAGAAACUGCAUUCGCCGGUCUCCGGCGCCACCUGUUCCGGUGUUUCUCGGACUAAUAAUAUCGACUACCAUAGUCUAUCUGUUCUCCUUUAUCAGUCCGGUCGUCGGGUGGCGCCCAUGGCCUCAUGAACAAAUUAGCAACACUACUGCUCUCGAGUUCGGAAGCUCGAAGAAGUACGAAGGCUCGUCCGCGUUCGUCCACCUGAGGUAUCACAUGGGCCCCGUCCUCACUGCCAAUAUCACCGUUCACACCGUCUGGUACGGAACGUGGCAGAAAUCCCAGAAGCAAAUCAUCCGGGGUUUCCUCAAAUCCAUCUCCGCCGUCGACGGCAAACACCCAUCGGUGGCUGGGUGGUGGAAGACCGUACAACUCUAUACCGACCAAACCGGGGCAAACAUCUCCAGAAACGUGGUUCUCGGCGAAGAGAAGAACGAUCGUUUUUACUCGCACGGCAAGUCGCUCACCCGCCUCUCCAUCCAGUCCGUGAUAAAAAGCGCCGUGACGUCCCGUACGCGCCCCCUCCCCAUCAACCCCAAGAGCGGGCUCUACCUCCUGCUCACUUCGGACGACGUAUACGUACAGGAUUUCUGCAGGCAGGUCUGUGGAUUCCACUACUUCACCUUCCCUUCCAUAGUGGGGUACACGCUACCGUACGCCUGGGUGGGCAACUCGGCCACCCAGUGUCCCGGCAUCUGCGCGUACCCUUUCGCCGUACCGGUGUACAUGCCGGGGCUGAAACCGGUGAUGUCACCGAACGGUGACGUUGGAGUGGACGGGAUGAUCAGUGUGAUCGCACACGAGAUUGCCGAGUUGGCAACGAAUCCAUUGGUGAAUGCGUGGUACGCGGGGCAGGACCCUUGUUUUCCGACGGAGAUUGCCGAUCUCUGUGAAGGGAUCUACGGUACGGGUGGUGGUGGGUCGUAUACGGGCCAACUCCUGGACGGAGAAGAUGGAGCUACCUAUAACAUGAACGGAGUUGGGCGGAGGUUCCUGGUUCAGUGGGUCUGGAAUCCUGUCUUGAACUACUGCUCUGGUCCGAAUGCCCUAGAUCAGUAAUAAUUACACAAAAAAAAGUGAAGAAGAAGAAGCUUAGAAAGAUGGUAAAAAAAGAUAGUUGUUUUUGUUAAUUUCUUCGAGCAUGUUUUAUCCAUUUAUCAUGGGGUUAGAGAGAGAAAGAAAGAGAGGGAUUAUCGUUACUUGGUUAGUUAAUAGUUAGUCCUCUUAAGUUGUAAUAAACGUCUUCACAUAUUUUGUUUGUUUAUAAAAACCACGUAGAGGGAGAACGGUGGCUUUUGGAGCGAUGUUUGGAACCAAUGCGGUUUCUUGAGAGGUGUUUUUCAAGUAAAACGGUUCUGCAUUAGCAGACCGUUUUCUUAGAAAACGUUUUUUCAUUUUUUCCUGUUUGGAAUCAUUGCUGCAAACAAUUGCAUUUUAAAUGCCAUGUCAGCAAAAUGUUGCUAGCACUAGUAAAAAAUGUUUUAUUAAUAUACAUAUUUUCGAUCUC